GGGGGGUUGCUCUGUCCAGUUAUUCUUGUAUACAGUCUAUGGGUGCCGCUACAGCGCACAUCUUAAACGUGUCCCUCGUCGGAGUCCGUAGCAAACCGAAAGAGAGGUUUUUGGCGCGCUUGUUUGUUUACUCCGCAGGAAGAGUCGGCGAAACCCGAUCCAGUUUCCGGUCGAGGGUCUGACGGUCCACUCUGGUACCAGCAGAAUGGCGUCCAAAGACGGAUUCAAAACUCCGAAAACCGUCCGGACCAGGAGCUCAGGCGGGACUCCUGUCACCAUCCCGGCCUCCCCCUUCAUGAAGAAGUUGGGCUGCGGUACCGGAGUCAGUGUCUACCUGAUGAGCAGGGAGGAGCAGAUGAACGCGUCUCCGUGGGCCGUGAAGAAGAUCAACAGCAAAUGUGAGUCCAGACAGGCUGCCGUCUACCAGAACCGUCUGAAGGAAGAGGCCCGCCUCCUGCAAGGAAUCCAACAUCCCAACAUCGUCGGUUUCCGCGCCGUGGCCACCGCCGCCGACGGCUCCGAGUGUUUGGCCAUGGAGUACGGCGGAGAGCAGUCCCUCAACGACCUGAUCGAGAAGAGGAAGGAGCAGGGUCUGAAGGCGUUCCCCGCCGCCAACAUCGAGAAGGUGGCUCUGCAUGUGGCCCGCGGCCUGCAGUACCUUCACAACGAGAAGAAGCUGCUGCACGGAGACAUGAAGUCCUGCAACGUGGUCAUCAAAGGAGACUUUGAGAGUGUGAAGAUCUGCGACGUGGGCGUGUCUCUGCAGCUGGACGAGAACAUGACAGUUUCUGACCCGGAAGCAGAAUACAUCGGCACCGAGCCGUGGACACCCAAAGAAGCUCUGGAGGGGGGCGUGAUCACGGACCGGGCGGACAUCUUUGCCUUGGGUCUGACUCUGUGGGAGAUGAUGACGCUGUCCAUGCCUCACCUGGAGAUGCUGGAGGGGGAGGAGGAGGGGGGAGGUGAAGACUCCAUGGAGAAGACCUUCGACGAAGACGCCUACUACGAGUGUCUGGGGACGCGGCCGCCGCUGGAGGCGGAGCCUCUGGGAAGCUCCUACCAGAGAAUGGUGGAGCUCUUCUAUGUGUGCACCGAGGAAGACGCCAGGAAGAGACCGUCUGCAUCCCAGAUCGUCCAGGCUCUGGAGAGCAACGCCGUCCUGGAGGACCCGCACUGAGCAUGCUCAGUUCUCCCCCUGCCCCCCCAGCACAACCACAGUGAUGUCAUAGAAUCAUAACGUUUAUUAAAGUUCUGUACAACCAAA